UUCAUAUUACUGGCAAACUGAUUGGUACUAAAGUUCCUGACAUGUUGUUGCCGCAUUGUCAGCAUAUACAGCAGUAGUUCAAAUUUUUUCACCUCAAUUUGUUCACUUAAGACAAUAAAACUUGUGCGUUCUUGACAUUGCGUUCAAUAUGAAAGUGAAAACGAUCGCUGGCGAGGACAAUGUGGCAUUUGAUCCCCAGCCAGAGGGCAGCAUAACUUCAUUAUCAGAGACCAAAACCUCCCAAGAAGAAUCAAAAGAAAGAGGAUGGAGCAAUAGUAUUGAGUUUCUCAUGUCCUGUGUGGCUCUAUCCGUCGGUUUUGGAAAUGUCUGGCGAUUCCCAUUCACAUGUUACGAAAAUGGUGGUGGUGCAUUUCUUAUUCCAUACAUUAUUCUCUUGAUAUUGGUGGGAAAGCCCUUCUAUUACAUGGAGAUGAUACUAGGACAGUUCACAGGGCGAACCUCCACCAAAGUCUGGUCAUUCUGUCCGGUAUUCACAGGUGUUGGAUGGGCUCAGAUGUCUUCGAUAGCAACGUUAGCCACAUACUACUGUUCCCUAAUGGCACUGACACUUUAUUACUUUGUAGUGUCAUUCGCAGAUCAAUUACCGUGGGCAGAAUGUAGAGAUGAAUGGGGGGAUUAUUGCGUAGAUUCAGGAAAACUCGACAAUAGUGGCAUUGAAGGGAGCACACUGAACACCAGCCAUAUAGCGCAAAAUGCCGGUUCAAUGAGAAGUUCUGCAGAAUUAUAUUUUUCAAAAAUAGUCCUGAAGGAGAAAGCAAAUAUUGAUGAUGGCAUUGGCCUGCCUGACUGGAAGCUCGCACUUUGUCUCGCUGGGAGUUGGAUCUGCGUCUGUGGUGUUCUGUCACGGGGUAUCAAGAGCACGGGGAAAGCAUCGUAUUUUCUCGCUAUUUUCCCUUACAUCGUCCUUAUAACCCUGUUGAUCAGGGCUAUCACAUUGGAGGGGGCAAUCAAUGGAAUAAUUUUCUUCAUAAAGCCAAACUGGUCGAAACUGUUGGAGCCAGGUGUCUGGUAUGCUGCUGUCACCCAGUGCUUUUUCUCACUGUCAGUCUGUUUUGGUGCGAUCAUUACGUUCUCCUCACAUAACAACUUCAGGCAUAACAUCUACAGAGAUGUCAUAAUAAUCACGAGUCUGGAUACUAUCACGAGCCUGAUAGCUGGCUGCACCAUAUUUGGAAUCCUUGGCAAUCUGGCUAAGGAGAUGGGAACUGAAGAUAUUUCAAGUGUAGUUCGAACUGGCACUGGUCUAGCCUUUAUCUCGUACCCUGACGCUAUAGCCAAAUUUUCAUUCCUUCCACAGAUCUUCUCGGUUCUCUUCUUCGUGAUGAUGUUCGUUCUCGGCGUUGGCAGUGCAUCCGGUAUGGCUGGAAGUGUGAUAGCAGCCAUAACAGGGGAAUUUCCAAACAUUAAGCAUUGGCAAAUUUUGUAUCCCACCUGUUUCAUUGGAUUUCUCAUUGGGCUCGUAUAUAUCACUCCCGGAGGGCAAUUCAUCCUAGUCUUGGUGGAUCGUUACGGAACAUCAUUCGUCGUAUUCAUAUUAGCCUCCUUCGAAAUAACUGGCAUCAUGUGGUUUUAUGGAAUCGAGAACUUCUUAGAGGACGUUGAGUUUAUGAUCAAGAAGGAGCCCAGCGUCUACUGGAGACUCUGCUGGUUCAUUAUAACUCCUGUAACCCUCAUCAUAAUAUUUAUUUAUACUGUCUCAACAUUGCCACCAUUGACUUACGGUGAUGCAACAUAUCCGAAAUAUGCGCACAUUGCAGGAGCAAUUCUCUUGACCUUCGGAAUCUCACAAAUUCCAAUUUGGGGAGUUGUUGCGAUGAUCAAGCGAAGAAGUACAUCACCCGGAAAAAUGAUCAAGAAAGCAUUCAGCUCAUCCAGAGAGUGGGGUCCACUCAAGCCAAGGGAUAGACAGGAAUGGUUACACUUCAAGGAAGAGAAAUUAAAAAUGAGGAGUCUGAGAACGAGUCCACGAUGGAGACAAAUUAUUGAUGUUAUUCUUUUGAUCAAGAGCGAGUCAUAAAUCUAGGAAAUCAUUUGUAAAUAAUCAUCGAAUAAUCGUAGAUAUGAGGACGCACCUGAGCUGAAAAUAUUGCCUUAGGCGAGAUCAUUAAGAGUUCGUUAAAAAAUUAGUAAUUAAGAAAAAUAGUAAGAAUUUAAUCUACGAAUUCUUGAACGUUGAUUGCAAAUAACUAGGAUGAUAGCAGGUGUAAAUGAGAUUAGUGAAAUUAUCGACAGUAGGGAUGGGAAUGACAUUUUGAGUCGUGUUGUAUGACCGCAUAUUCCAUCUAGAUAACACUGACAAUGUCAAACUACUCAACUUAUGGCAAGAAACAUAUUACACCACAUGACUGGUGAUGUGAUAGUCAUAAAUUCAUCACAUGAUGAGGAAAAAAUAACUGUCAUUUUUCCAUCCCUAGUUGGAAGAACCACGUGAAAAAGAUCGUGGAAGAGAUUAGCAAAUUGGCCAGAAGAUUCUAUCAGAUUCUUGUUGUUUUUACAAAGGCAAUUGGAUUUCUAUUAAACUUUUCACUAGUGUGUGAUCGAUUCCAUUGUAAAAUGUUACCCUAUUAUCAGUAUUUCUCUGUAAAUUCGAGUGAUUUUUCUGUUUAUAAUAUCUGAAUUAUUCUCGAAUAAACUUCAUUGUUUUUUACCAUCA